CAUUCUGUGAAGAAGGGUGCAGAUAUGGUGGAACUUGCGUAGCCCCUAACAAAUGUGUCUGCCCUUCUGGAUUCACAGGAAUUCAUUGUGAGAAAGAUAUUGAUGAGUGUGCAGAGGGGAUCAUUGAGUGUCACAACCAUUCACGCUGUGUUAACCUCCCAGGGUGGUACCACUGUGAGUGCAGAAGCGGUUUCCAUGACAAUGGAAGCUAUUCUCUUUCCGGGGAGUCCUGUGUUGAUAUCGAUGAGUGUGCCUUAAAGACCCACACCUGUUGGAACGAUUCAGCCUGCGUGAACCUGGCAGGAGGCUUUGAUUGCCUUUGCCCAUCCGGACCAUCUUGCACUGGAGACUGUCCCCAUGAAGGUGGCUUCAAGCGGAACGGGCAGGUGUGGACCCUGAGGGAGGACAGAUGCUCCGUUUGUUCCUGCAAGGACGGGAGGAUUUUCUGCCGGAGGACAGCCUGCGACUGCAAGAACCCCAGCGCUGAUCUCUUCUGCUGCCCAGAGUGUGACACCCGUGUCACCAGCCAGUGCCUCGACCAAACUGGACACAGGCUCUACCGCAGUGGGGACAACUGGACCUACAGCUGUCAGCAGUGCCGUUGCCUGGAAGGAGAGGUGGAUUGUUGGCCUCUUCUUUGCCCGAAUCUAAACUGCGAGUACACAGCCAUCUCGGAAGGAGAGUGCUGUCCCCACUGUGUCAGUGACCCUUGUCUGGCUGACAACAUCACCUACGACAUCAGGAGAACCUGUCUAGAUGGCUAUGGAAUCAAGAGACUCAGCGGCGCUGUAUGGACAAUGGUGGGAUCUCCCUGUACAACCUGCAAAUGCAAGAAUGGGAAUGUCUGCUGCUCGGUGGAUUUAGAGUGUCUCAACAAUAACUGACGUAGUCGGACUGGACUGUGCCGAGGGAGGAAAUCUGAUGAAGUUAACACCUGAAAUGAAGUCGUAUGCGUUGGCGUUUUACACAACAGACAAUUGCCAAAGUCUCCGCAUGAGGAAGAUGUUUGGGAGUUGCCUUUGGGACCGAUCACUAUGCUCAUCCUUGCUAGCCUUGUCUGGGUGACUUACAGUACAGCGCAUAUAAGUCAAUGGUUGUUAAAAGUUUUCAGUGUUGUAAAUUACACACUUCUCCUGUCAAGACAUUUGCAAAUAUGUUUAAAUUAUUUCAUGGGUAAACUAAUGCUGUAUUUUAGUUUUAAUUUGUGUAUUGACAACAUGAUAGAAUUCAGCUCUUCUUACUUUGAAUCUAGAUUUUACAAAUAAGACAGCCUGUUGUGAUUUGUCCCAUGAUAUCACAUACUUAGUUCCAAGGUCCCUGUCAGAUGUAUUUAUGAAAAUAUGUAUGUAUGUACAGUCAAAUUGCAUAGUACUUAUAUUUCACAGC